CAGACCAGACGAAAUUAUGAGAACAACCGUCAACCAAAAUUCACCAACCAACAACAGUCAAACAGAAUAUGCUUGGAGACUGACUGACAGAAGAACAAUUAAGUACAACAGCAACAACAACGAUAAGUAUAAAGUCAAAUUGAAAAGUGAUAAGAGCACAAAUAAGAAGAAGAUUGUUGUUCUUCGGAUGAAAAUUCACUUAAUUAAAAAAAUAAAGUUGAAGCAUCAUCAUCAACAUUACACAUCAACUUCGCCAGUGUAAUUCCUAAAAUAUUGGUUACCGAAAUAGACAGUCCAAUGACGGAAAGCGAGUGCGGCAAAAAAAAAUAAAACAAAAAAUAGUUCAGCCAUAAAUUAAUGGUCGAUGUUUAAAAAUAAAUAAACAAAAACAAUUGAAAUAAACACUUUUUUUAAUAUUUUUUAAAAUUGUUUUGGACUAGUCUCUGUGACUCUGAGUCAUUUGAGAACUAAGUAUGUCGGAUACAUGUGGAAUAACAAAUAUAGAUGAUAACAGUACUUUAUACGAAAUUUUAAAAAAUUGUGCCGCCUUUCAAUCUUACGAUAGUUUACCGGUCGAUGAUUACAACGACGUUUGUUUUGGGGCAGAUUACAGCAGCACUGGUAGUAUUUACCUUGAAAAUUGUUCGAAAAUGAUAUCGACCAACCAAUAUUCUGUCAGUGGGAAUAUUUCGAAUAGCAGUUAUACCAGCGAGGACUCGUUGGGUGACAAUAUUUUAGAAGAGAACGGAAGAAUAUCUUUGGCCUAUGAAAACUUGAGAACAAUACCAAGACGAAUAGCAGAAAAAUUUGCCAUGCAAACAAAGUUCUUAGACUUGAGUUACAACAACUUUCAGAAUAUAUCAUUUUUAUCAUUCUUCGAGGAUUUGCACACACUAAUAUUGGAUCGUAACACAAAAUUGGACGUGAACACUUUACCAUUUUUGCAGAAUUUAAAAAUAUUAUGGAUUAAUAACUGUGAUAUUAUAAAUGUCGUCGAUUGGAUUCAGCGUAUACGUGUGCAAUGUCCCAGCCUAGAGUAUUUAUCAAUUAUGGGUAAUCCGGGUACUAGAGAACCAUUCAAUUUUUGUAAUUUAAAUAUGUUCAAUUCAUCCAACAUCGAAUCCAUAAUUAUGCCAACGAGUAUGGUGGCGGAUUACAGAGAAUAUGUUUUACAAAUGUUGCCCCACCUUCAAUAUUUGGAUGGCGUUCCACGUAACACUCUCUUAAAUGUAUUCCAAUGUUCCAUCAAUGGAGUGCUGUCAUUGACAUCAUCUUCUUCAGUGUCUCCAGCCAACUCGAUGGGCAAUGGUUCUUCAUCUCAGGGCCAGCAGGGCAAUGGUAAUCGAAAAAUCUCUCCUACUCUUAGUUUCAAAGAUUUGUUUAGAUUGAAACGGCGAAAGAAGUCAUAUGCAAGCUCAUCCACAAAUUGAUCAUGAAAAAGAACAACAACAACAAGCAAGAAGUGCAAUGGAAAAAUUUACUUUUUAAAGAUUAAAGACAUAAUCAGAACAAAUUUAUUAUCAUUCCCAACAAUGGAUGUAUUCAAGUCGUACAUGGAAUGUACGAUGUUGUUUAUUUUGCAUUCAAGUACAUAAAUCGACAACGUCCAUUCAUUCAUUCAUUCAUUCGAUACCUACUACUAGUAACAGUGUUACAUUAAACAUUUGGGGUAUUCACACGGUCUACUAUUUGGUCAUAUUGUCAUAAUGUCUUAAUAUAUUAUGAUAGUUUAAACAAAUUUUUGUUGUGUUUCAAACAAAAAAGUUAUAAACUAAUAACACUAUUUGAACUAUGUUUAUUGUUUUUUCAUAAAAUAAUACAUUUUUUUUGUUUAAAACAUUAUGACAUUAUGACUAAUAGCAGACCAUGUGAAUACCCCAAUUAUAUUUAGUACAUACAAAUGCAUAUUCUUAUUGUUGUCAUUUUAUUCUUAUUAUUAUUAAUAUUUUAUUAAUUAAACAUUUAACCCAUUCUUAUCAUCAUCAAUAUACAUAUACUAUAUAUAUAUUAUACUCGUUUUAUUAAGAACAUACUAUAUAUCUACAUAUGUAGUUAUUUCAUACAAUUUUGAUAGUUGGGAUAUGAAAAAUUUAUGUAGUCAAGUAGAGUCAUCUAUUUAAUUGCAUGUCUAGUUAUUUAUACAUAUUUAGUAUUUUUGAAUGUUUGGGAGAAUGAAAUUAUGCAUUACUAAUUUUACAUGACUGUGUUCCAAAUUGAUUGAAUGGAAAUUAUAAAGAUAUUAAACUAUGUAUUAGAAUCGGUAUCAAACAUAAAUGCCGAAUAAUAUAAUUCUGAAAAAUAUUAAUUUAUAAGUAAAAUGUCUAUUCUUACAUGAAAUACGUAAUACCAAUAAAUUUUACUAUUUGUUAACAAAAUUAAGAAAA